AUGAGUCAAUCCAGUGCCUCCAUUGCAUCCACGACGACCUCGCCAGCCUCGCCUGUCCAAGCUCCGAAUCCUCCUCCCGCCCGUCCAGCUCGCAGCGUCCGCGGUCGCGAACCUGCCAACUCUCGUCGAGUCUCAAAUAGUGGUCUCACCAGCGCCUCCCAUUCCGCCGAACGAUCCACCGCCUCGACAAAUCCUAACAAGAUUGGCACGAUUGGAAUCUGCGCAUUGGAUGCAAAAGCAAGGAGCAAGCCCUCCAGGAAUAUUCUGAAUCGAUUGGUGGGCAAGGACAACGAAUUUGAUGUGAUCAUCUUCGGAGACAAAGUCAUAUUGGACGAGAAUGUCGAGAACUGGCCAGUGUGCGACUUUUUGAUCAGCUUCUUCAGCGAUGGCUUUCCUCUUGAAAAAGCGAUUGCGUAUGCGAAGCUUCGAAAACCGUUUUGUGUUAACGACUUGCCAAUGCAGACAAUCCUCUGGGAUCGAAGAAUGUGCUUGGGGAUUUUGGACAAACUGGGAGUUCCGACACCGCCUCGAUUGGAGGUCAAUCGAGAUGGUGGUCCCGUUGCUUUGACUUCCGACAUUGCACAACGCAUGCAGCAGCUUACAGGGGUGUACCUAAUAGGCUCUGACGAUGGUCGAGGUGGCGGUCUACCCCCACCCAAUGAUGUGCACAUGGAGGAUGAUGACGACACCCUCGUUGUGGAUGGUAUGAAGCUACGGAAGCCAUUCGUGGAGAAACCGACCAGUGGAGAGGAUCACAACAUCAACGUGUACUACCCAAAGUCGCAAGGUGGUGGUGGUAGAAGAUUGUUCCGAAAAGUCAACAAUAAAUCGAGUGAGAAGGAUGCGGAUUUGAUUGUACCAAGAGCCAUUACCGAGCCGGACGGAUCGUACAUCUACGAGCAGUUCCUCAAGGUGGAGAAUGCCGAGGAUGUCAAAGCGUACACUGUCGGGCCCGAGUUCUGCCAUGCCGAGACCAGAAAGUCGCCCGUGGUGGACGGCGUUGUCAAGCGCAAUCCCAAUGGAAAGGAAAUCCGCUAUGUGACCAAGUUGACACCCGAAGAACAAACGAUGGCCGCAAAGAUCGCAACCGGGUUCGGACAGCAGGUUUGCGGUUUCGACUUGCUCCGCGUGGAGGGCAGCGGCAAGAUGGAGAGUUACGUGAUUGACGUCAACGGUUGGAGUUUUGUCAAGGACAAUAAUGAUUACUACGACCAGGCUGCCCGCGUCCUCAAAGCCAUGUUCAUCAAGGAGAAACAGCGGUGGGAAGCGGCACGUGCUGCUGCGACCGACUUCGACGAGGCAUCCCGAUCUAUGCCACCGCCCACUUCCGUCCCAACCUCGAUUUACAAGAAUGCCAACCUUAGCAAGGAAAGUGUCCGGACAGUAGGAGGACAUCGCGAAGCCAUGAAAACCAUCCUCCGGCCUCGUAGUGUGUCGCAGUUGAGGGACAAGGUUCACAGCGCAGCUCAUCGGGUUGGACAUCCUCACCGAACGAGGAGUCCCAGUGCUGCGACUCCACCCAUAUCGUCGCCUCCCAGCCUGGAACGGGAUCUUGCGACUCCGCAAUACGGGCCUCUUGUCGCGACCGACGAACAAAUGCUUCCACCGCCGGCAGUCCCUGCGAAUGGGGCAUCGGCUGACGACCGACCUCGAUCAGCGGGCCUGGAGUCCGUCGCUAUGUCCGAACCGCCUUCUGCUCUUCCUGCACCUGCGCCAAAGUCUCAAUGGAAACUCAAGGGCAUGGUUGCGGUCAUCCGACAUGCUGAUCGUACUCCGAAACAGAAGUUCAAGUUUACGUUCCACACGAAGCCAUUUGUUGACCUACUGAAGGGCCAUCAAGAGGAGGUUCUGCUUGUCGGCGAAGCGGCGUUGCAUAGCGUGCAGCAAGCGGUGCGCCUGGCCAUGGCCGAGGGCGUGGAAGAUAUGGCCAAGUUGAGAACUCUGCAGAAUGCGCUGUCCAAGAAAGGCGCUUGGCCGGGAACGAAGGUUCAGAUCAAGCCCAUGUUCAAGAAGCCGAAGGCCAAGGAUGACAAGGGCGAAAAGGGAGAGAAGAAGGAAAAGAAGAAGGACAAGCAUAGCGAGACCUCGGCAGUCGACGGCGCGCCCGAUCACCAUCUCGCACCCAAGCCUGCCGAGGAGGACCUGGCGCUUGCUCGUGCGCAGACUCGAAACGAUUCGUUGGGAGAAAUCACCAUGUCCCGCGCGGCUGCUGCAGAUAACAACCUUGUCUUGGACAAGCUUCAGCUCGUGAUGAAGUGGGGUGGCGAGCCUACUCAUUCCGCGCGAUACCAGGCUACCGAUCUCGGCGAGAAUAUGCGGAAUGAUCUCCUUCUCAUGAAUCGCAGCGUCCUAGACAAUGUUCACAUCUACACCUCUUCUGAACGACGUGUAACCACUUCGGCGCAGAUCUUCGCUGCAGCUUUCUUGGAUGAGAAGGAGGUUGACGAAAAACGAAUUACUGUCCGGAAGGAUCUCCUCGACGACUCCAAUGCCGCCAAGGACGAGAUGGACAAGGUGAAGAAAAAGCUGAAGGGCUUGUUGCGGCAGGGUCAUCAGGCGCCGGAGCAAUUCGCAUGGCCGAAGGAUGGAACACCGGAGCCAUUUCUCGUGGUGAGGCGGGUCGUCGAUCUGAUGAAGUUCCACCGCAGAGUGAUGCGCAAUAACUUCUCCAAGCUGCAGGAUCCCAUGGCGACGCCGAACGGACUUGCCAAUGGAGCCAACGCGACCGAUGCAAUGGCGCUGCAGAUUCAGCCGAGGUGGUGCACUGGUGAAGAUGCCGAGCUGUUCAAGGAGCGCUGGGAGAAGCUCUUCAAUGAGUUCACGGACGCGGAGAAAGUCGAUCCAAGCAAGAUCAGCGAACUCUACGAUACGAUGAAGUUUGACGCGCUGCACAAUCGGCAGUUCCUAGAGUGGGUGUUCACUCCUUCCAAGACUAUUCUUGCGGAGGAAGAAGGAGCUGACGAUGGCGCCGGACUGGAGCGGACCCUCAGCCAGAUCGCAAGAGAAGAAUUUGGAGAGACUCAUCAGGGCCUCGCGCCUAUCAAAGUCAAAAACGACGCCCGCCUCGAAAAGCUCAACGAGAUGUACAACCUGUCCAAGAUCCUCUUCGACUUCAUCGGCCCGCAAGAAUACGGCAUCACCAAUUCCGAGAAACUUGAAAUUGGGCUGCUGACCUCUCUUCCGCUCCUGAAAGAAAUCGUCCAAGACCUCGAAGAAGUCCAAGCCUCCGACGACGCCCGGUCGUUCCUCUACUUCACCAAAGAAUCCCAUAUUUACACCCUCCUCAACACCAUCCUCGAAGGCGGCGUCGCUACCAAAAUCGCCCGCAACGCUAUCCCGGAACUGGAUUACCUGUCGCAAAUCUGCUUUGAGCUGUACGAGUCGGAGAAUCCCAUCCCCAUUGACCCGACUCAUGACGGGCAGGCGGGGGACGAAGAGCACGAACACUUUAAUUACUCCAUACGCAUCACGAUCUCUCCAGGUUGCCAUACUUUCGAUCCGUUGGAUGUCCAGCUGGACUCGAAGCAUUGUAUUGGAUGUGCGCCGAGGAGGAGUCUGACUAGCCAUGGGGAGUGGAAGGAGGUGUUGGAGACGUUGAGGGCGAAAUUCCAUACGGUGAAGUUGCCGAAGAGUUUUACGGCGGUGGAUUUGAGGGAAAGAUUCAGUAUUGGUGGGAAUGGGAGUGGUGGGGCUGGGGCUGAGAAGAAGCAGGAGAAGGAGGGAGGGAAGGGAGAGGCCGUGCUGCCGCCGGCGAUGGGUCAAGAGCAGGAGGUUGUGCUUCCGCCAGCGUUGCUGUAG